AUUUGUAGCAAGUGACAAGGCUUACAAAGCUAGACUGUGCUCCCCAGUUCAACAGUUACCACGCUGCGACGAAGGUUGAAAUUGAAAUAAUGAAACCCAAAAUGGAACGGCGGAAGAACCAAACUCCUAAACCCUCCAACACCGGCAAAAAUACGAAGCAGCCGCCGCCACCGUCCCCUACGCCGCCGAAAAAAGAUCGACGACAGACUAACGCUGAAAGGUCCGCACACUUCGGGCGGAGAGAGGCCGCCAAAAUCCUCAAAACAGUUCUUCAAGGCGACGCUCGCCGCCGUGCAGUUGCCUCCAUAAAAACCCUGGUUUACAAGCCUUCCGUCCGUAACAAGAAGGCUACUUUCGCUCUCAUUUGCCAAACUCUCAAAUAUCUUCCUAUUAUCAAAGAUGUCUUGGAUACUUCUGCUGUAUUAAACAGCAAGUGGAAGAGACAGGAGGAGCUAGUGUAUAUAACCACCUACGACUUGCUCUUCGGCAAGGAAAUUUCAUCAUGUGGCAAUGCAGAAAAGUUUCUAUUUCAACGGAAAGCUGCUCUGGAGUCGGCUUUGGCGAAGAUAUUAGUUAGAAGGAAGGUUAAACGAGUUGAAGAUCUGCUGUCCCAGCCUGAGACCUCAGAUGUUCCAAAACCUCGAUAUGUCCGUGUAAAUACUUUGAAACUGGAUGUUGACUCUGCUAUCAAAGAACUUGGAAAGAAAUGCACAGUUCAGAAGGAUAACUUGGUUCCGGAUCUGUUGAUUCUUCCACCUGGUGUUGACUUGCAUGAUCACCCUCUAGUGACUAGUGGAAGUGUCUUUCUACAAGGCAAGGCAAGUUCCAUGGUAGCAGUUGCCCUUGGGCCUCAGCCAGGUUGGCAGGUUCUUGAUGCAUGUUCUGCUCCAGGGAACAAAACUGUGCAUCUUGCUGCUCUCAUGAAAGGCAAGGGGAAGAUUGUAGCAUGUGAGUUGAAUAUGGAUAGAGUUAAACUUCUUCAGAAUACUGUCAGAGUAGCUGGGGCAAAAAACGUGGAAGUUCAUCAUGGGAAUUUUCUGAACAUUGACCCAAUGGAUCCAGCCUACUCAGAGCUUCGUGCUAUACUCUUGGAUCCCUCCUGCUCUGGAUCAGGAACUGCAGCUGAAAGACUGGAUCAUUUGCUCCCUUCACAUUCGAGUGAUAAAUCAGAUACUUCAGAUGUAAUCCGGCUGACGAACCUUUCAGCUUUUCAGAAGAAGGCUCUAAAGCAUGCAUUAUCCUUCCCUUCAGUUGAGAGGAUUGUUUACAGUACAUGCUCCAUCCACCAAAUUGAAAACGAAGAUGUUAUAAAAUCUGUCUUACCCACAUCUUUAAAGAAUGGGUUUGAGCUGGCAACACCCUUCCCCCAAUGGCCACGUCGAGGUUUGCCAGUGUUCGAAGGCUCUGAACACGUGCUUCGGAUGGAUCCUAUCGAAGACAAAGAAGGCUUCUUCAUUGCUUUGUUUGUGAGGAGGAAAGAAGAAUGUGGACUGAACCAGUUAAGUAAACUGAAGAGACAGAGACAAGAGAUGCCAUUGCCUUUCACUAGGCUGUCAAAAAUGUGGCUUCUCUCGAUGAUGAUGUCUUCUUCAUCAGGCGGAUGUGGCUGUUGUAGUGGGGAUACAAUGGCUUGUCAUAUGGAUUGAGCAUUGUGAAAAUAAUGUAACCAGUUCUUUUUUUUUUUUUUUUAAAUAUGUUUUUAAAUCAGGAAAGUAACUUUAGGACCUGUUACAAAUUGUUAGUUCCUAUAAUAUUGGUAGUUUAGUUCCCCUUCAGAUAAGUUGCUAGUUGAUCCAGGUUUUUCUCAAGUGUUGUGGCCGUUAAGUAUAUUUUUCCGAGGCAAUAUUUACAUACUUCGUAUGCUACAGACCUACAGCAACAUCCGACAGUAUAAAAAGUCUACCAACUAUAAUCCUGCAUCCCUUGAUAUUACACGCACCUAAACCCAAGAGGAAGCCCGUUUGUUACGUAAAACCAGGUCCAUGGGCUGAGGGCCAACACCUUUUAUAAUGGGCUGGGGCCCUUUAUUUUUGGCUGGAUACUUAAAGGACUACCUGGACACGGGCCCUUAUAAGGUCAUAUCAUUUUGAUGUUAUUAUCAUUUUCAUCAUCUUACCUUUCUGAAUUACUCCAUCUUCCCUAUUGCCCCUUAUCUCUCUAUCACUCAUAGAAUAUCAGAACUUACAAGUAUUACUCUGUACUAUCAUCUUUAAUACCAUAAGUUGCAGCUAAUUACCACGGUGAAAACAUUUGAACUUCAAUAAAAUGGGAGAAGAAAGUG